CUUUCACUUUUCAUUAAUUCUAGUUUUUUUACUUAUUUAAUGGUAUCAUCUUUUGCAUUACUUUGAUUUUGUAACCAUCGUGAUCUUUAUUGAUUCAUACUCCUGGUUGUGUUUAAUCAUUUUUCAGAUGUCAAACUCUUCAUUUGUUCCUAGUAUGCCGAUUGGGCAGCCAUCCUCUGGACCCUCAGCAGAUGAUAUUAAAGCUCGGAUCCAGGCUCAGCUUGCUAGCAGGAUUGCUGCUUUAAAUCAAAGCUUAGCUGCCUCUGACCUGUUGAGACGUACAUCUACGAUUGUACCUGGAACCAAUUUAUCCUCCAAAAAUGACACUUCUGUGAAAACCGUUUCAAAGCCUGCACCUUUAAUUCUGGAUCAUGAAGGCAGAACUGUUGAUAUUACUGGUAAAGAAGUUCAAUUGGUUCAUCGUAUGCCCACUUUAAAAGCUAAUAUUAGAGCUCAAAAAAGAGAACAAUUUAAAUUGACUACCCAAGAACGUACUCAUGAUGAGGCAGUCAGCAAAUUUUACGAUCCGCGGGUUGAAACCAAACCCACAGUUCGAGCAAAACGUAGUUUCAAAUUCCACGAACCUGGAACAUUUGAGACUCUUGCUCAGAAAAUUCGUACCAAAGCAAAAUUGGAAGUGUUACAAAAAGAAAUAGCGCAAGCUGCUAUGAGAACUGGAGUUUCAUCUGCUGCGCGACUCGCAGUAUUAAGUGCCAUUGUACCAAAGAAAGAAAAUAAGGAAGAUGAUAUACCUGAAAUUGAAUGGUGGGAUAGUUUUGUGUUGACAGACAAUAGUUACGAAGCCUCAAUCAAUAGUGAUAAACCUCCGGAAGAAAAAUAUGAAGGUAUCACACACCUUAUUGAACAUCCUAUGCAAAUGAAACCACCUGGGGAACCUAACAAGGUGAUGCCACUGCCAGUGUUUCUCACUAAAAAAGAACGCAAAAAAUUACGCCGUCAGAAUAGACGAGAAGCAUGGAAAGAGAAACAAGAAAAAAUACGUCUAGGAUUGGAGCCGCCCCCAGAACCAAAAGUAAAAAUGUCCAACAUGAUGAGAGUACUAGGAGAACAAGCCAUCAAAGAUCCUACUAAAGUAGAAGCUCAAGUUCGAGAACAGGUGGCUAAACGCCAAAAGGCACACGAGGAAGCUAAUGCUGCGCGAAAAUUAACUGUCGAUCAAAAACGACAAAAGAAAUUGAAGAAAGUGAAAGAAGACACAAGUUCAGGAGUUCAUGUGGCCGUUUAUCGUGUUUUAAAUUUAUCAAAUCCAGCCAAGAAAUUCAAAAUUGAGGUGAAUGUCAAACAACUUACGAUGACCGGUGUUAUCGUAUUAUACAAAAAUGUAAAUGUUAUUGUUGUUGAAGGAGGACCUUCGCAACAGAAAAAGUUCAAAAGAUUGAUGCUUCAGCGAAUCAAAUGGAGCGAAGAAACUGUUUCAGCUGAAUCAGACCCUGGAAAGAAGAUUGAGAACAAAUGUACUUUGAUCUGGGAGGGUAUGGUUAAGAAUAGAGCUUUCGGAGAAUUAAGGUUUAAGAAUAGUCCCAAUGAAAGUUUUGCCCGAGAAUUAUUCAAAAAUCAUGGUGUCGAACAUUAUUGGGAUUUAGCUUAUAGCUCAUCAAUUUUAGACAAUUAACAUUGAAAUUAAAACUCAUCAAUGUUUUAUUUAUGAGUAGACGAUGCCGAUCUCUCAUAUGUGAGUUUGUCUUAAGAAACUGACACAUAAAUGAUGCUUGUUAAAUGA